AAUCCUGGACCAGCAGAUUAUUCCGUCGGCUCCCCUGAUGUCUAUAUGACAGGUGCACCAAAAUAUACAAUGGGAGUUGCAAUACCAGAUAGGAAAUAUGCCGACUAUCCUGGACCACUGACUUAUCGUCCUGAAAGUUGCCAGUCACAUUUACCAAAUAUACCGAAAUUCACAAUGGGAAUAAAGCAUAGUCCGUACAAAGGUGAAUUCGCUAUUAAAUACAAUGAUGAGUUCUAAGUCGGAGUACCUGCUCUAAUCUAACGCAGAAAGCGAAUUUUCAACUGAAAAUGUUUUCAGGUGAAAACAAGAAAGGCAAGAAAACGAUCAUGUUCUUCUCAAAAGCCCCAUCUUUAUUAGUUUUCAUUUUUUGUUAUCAAUCUUAAUUCUUUUAAAAGAUGUCUUUUGGUUUUUA